AUGAAGUACUCUGGUAUUGCCGCUUCGGCCACCGCCUUGAUGGCUGGUGUCGCUUCCGCCGCUGUGACUGGUGUCACCGGUAAACCUGAAGGCUUUGCUUCUUCCACGACUGGCGGUGGUGAUUCUACUGCUGUCUAUCCUUCCACCACCGAUGAGCUGGUCUCUUACCUUGGCGACAACUCCGCUCGUGUCAUUGUGUUGACCAAGACCUUUGACUUUAGCGGUACCGAGGGUACGACAACCAGUUCGGGAUGUGCUCCUUGGGGUACCGGCACUGGAUGCCAAACUAACUAUGAGCCAGAUGCACCUUCUGUUUCCAGCAUCACGUACGAUGCCGCUGGCACUCUCGGCAUCACCGUUGCUUCCGAUAAGUCAAUCGUCGGAGAUGGCUCCAAGGGCAUUAUCAAGGGCAAGGGCUUGAGAAUUGUAAACGGAGCCCAGAACGUCAUCAUCCAGAAUGUUCAGAUCAGCGACAUCAACCCCGAGUACGUCUGGGGCGGCGAUGCCAUCACCCUGGACGGAACAGACAAUGUCUGGAUCGACCACGUAACCACCUCCAACAUUGCAAGACAACACAUCGUCCUCGGCACCGAAGCCUCCGGCAACGUCACCAUCACAAACUCGUACAUCGACGGCUCAGGCGACUACAGUGCAACCUGCGACGGCCAUCAAUACUGGGCCCUCUACUUUGACGGCUCAGACGACAAAGUCACCUUCAAAAACAACUACAUCUAUCAAACCAGCGGUCGUGCCCCCAAAGUCCAAUCAAACACUCUUCUCCACGCUGUAAACAACUACUGGAACGACAACUCUGGCCAUGCUUUUGAGAUUGGCAAGGGUGGCUAUGUUCUUGCUGAAGGCAAUGUAUUUGACAAUGUCAAGGCUCCUCUGGAAGCUUCUUCGUUUGCUGGAGAAUUGUUUACUGCUGAUUCGGGCUCGGCUUGCAGUUCUGCUCUUGGCCGUGCCUGUGAAGCCAACUCUUUGACUGCUUCUGGUACGUUCAGCGAGAGCAACACUGAUUUGCUGAGCAAGUUUUCCGGCGCUGUUGUUGCUGCUGUUGAACCUGCUUCGGGGAUCAAGUCGUUUGUUACUGCCAAUGCUGGUAUCGGCAAGCUUGCUCAGUAG